AAAGAGACCUCAAUUAAGAGGAGUGACCACACAAGAAAAACGUCGAAGGCAACAAAAACCACCAUGGCUUCGUCAAAAGGAGUAGCCACCAGUCCGGCGGCGGCGAGAGCAUCAGAUAUGGAGAAAAUGAGCAUAGAACAACUAAAAGCAGUAAAAGAACAAGUAGAUCUUGAAUUCAAUCUCUUACAAGACAGUCUUAACAACAUUAAAACAGCCACUGGUCGUCUUGAAGUCGCCGCCACUUCACUUAAUGACCUCUCUCACCGUCCCCAAGGAAAGAAGAUGUUGGUGCCAUUAACUGCUUCACUUUAUGUACCUGGUACACUUGAUGAUGCUGAUAGAGUUCUUGUUGAUAUUGGUACUGGAUAUUUUGUUGAGAAAACAAUGAAUGAAGGGAAAGAUUAUUGCGAGCGCAAGAUUGCCUUGUUGAAGUCUAGGUUUGUUCUGCUUAUUGAGGUAUGUUUUCGAUCAUAUCUCUGUGUUAAGGAUGUUGAGAAUUGUUUACAUUUGAAAAUCUUAGCACAGGACACUUAGUUUUGUUACUUAAACCUGUUCUGCUCGCUGGGGAGUGCUAUGGUAUUUUGAAAAGCAACCUUUUUAGCAGUUUGAUGGAGUUCGUAACUGAUUAUUAUGGUGCUAAAACCUGCAUUAGUGCAUCAUAACUGUGGAUUGAACCGCACAAUGCUAAUAGUCUGCCAGUCUUUGCCUGAAGUUUUUGUCAGCUGAAAUCCAUUUGCAACAUGUUUAGUUGCACCAUUCUACGCCUGGUUCCUCAAUGUCCCUUUCAUGAUGUUCUUUCAUGCCUUGACAUGCAAGAAUUACAGCAAUUUCAAAGGAAUGUGUUGUGAUUUGAAUUAGAAUGAAUUCUAAACCCCGUGUAUACUGGUUUUCUGACAAUGAACCAUGCCAGCAUCUGGUCACUGUUGCUUUUCACAUAAGAUUGGAGAGCUGAGAGGUUUCCUGUUUAGGACUGUUCUUGAUGAUAAGUUUUGAUUUUCAUUAAUCCCUUGUGUCAGAAGAAGUAUUUUGGGAAGAAAGUAGGCAGUCCAUCAAGUUAAACAUUAUAAUCCUAAUUGAGGGGAUUAAAAUGCAUUUUCUUUUCUUUAUUGGAAAUUGAGCCUGCAAUCUUUGUCUUGGUUUGAUAUCAUUAUCACUGCUGCUUGCUAAUCUUUCAGUGAUGGGAAGGCUAAAUUUGAAAUACUUAAUUGCAGCUUGCAACUAAAAAGAAGACUGUAGCAGAUGAAGCAGGGGCAAUCUUACAGGCAAAGCUGAGGCAGUUGGCUCCUACAACCUAGGAUUUUCAGAAUAGCUGCCCUCUUGCUGUUAGAUUCUUGAUUUUCUAGCAUUUUGUAAAGAUACUGCUCUGUAAAACUGCACUAAAGGUGAUGUUGUUUGUCACCAAAAUGGAUUCCUUCUCAUUGAGUGGAAGAGAAGUUUUCGCAAUCGAAAUGGCAUAAAACUUGGAUAUACCAAUUACAUGGAGAAUGGGAAGUUAGAGAGGAUGAUAGGUCGGUCUGGUAUCCUCAGUGGUUAUUCAUUUGCAGUCAUGUUGAUCUGUUUAAUGACUUUUUUUUCCCUUCAAUUGGUGUGUUUUGAAUCUUGUGACAUUGCUUUGCUGCUAGUUUAAUUCCCUUGAUUGAUCAAUUGUCCACGGUAUUUCCUUUGUCUGGUUGAAGAUGAAUAUUUGAUACUAUAUUGAUUUCUUUCUUUUUC